AUGGCGGAUCCUCUGCGGAGGACAAUACUAGCCAAACUCAGGGGCAAGAAACCCAAAGGAAAAGACCGGCCGAGAGAAGGUAAAGACAAAGUUUCUCACCAGCAGACAGAGAGUGAUUAUAUGAGAGGUAAGGAGAGCCGUGUUAACGGGAUCCGGGCGGCGGAUCCGGUCGUCGCCGUUGGUUGCGGCUCGGCCGCGCACGGGAGCGGGUGCUCGGCGCCCGGGGGUCCCGCGGGGGUCUCAGAUCAAAGCGCGGAGAUGGAUCGCGUCCACACGCAGCGCGUCCGCGGAGACUCGAUCGGGUUUGGGAGCUGCGAGCACGUACGCGCGAAAGUAACAGAUGGUCCAGAUCUGAAGUGUGGAGAAACAACAAAUGUUGCGUUGCUCGAUCACAAGGCCGAACCGCGCGUCAUGAGACACCAACCCAACGGAACCUCGCGCGUCUUUGAUUAUAUCGAUGAAAAUUAUGAUUUGAUUCAGGUGAUAGAGAGUUCGCUGGAGUAUUAUGGAGAUUUCAGGAUGCCUGCGUUACAGAGUCCCACUUUUUUCCCCACUGAGCUGGACAUAAACUUGUCCUCGGGCGCUCCACGACAUCAUUCUGUGGACAGCGAGGAUGAUGAUUAUUACGAUAACCAAAUUUUGCCUUUUUAUACCCAAAACCAGGAGAGAAAUGAUGUAGAGACAGAACCGGUAUCAGUCCAGACUUUAGACUUAGUACCCAAUGAAACCGACCGACUGAAGACGCAGCUGAAAGAGGCCUAUUAUUUGUUGAUAAACACCAUGCAUGAUAUCCGAUUCGAAGGUCAGGUUGAAGAUAACGGGUACGUGGACCAGGUCAGUAGUUCUAGUGAGUCUCACGAAAGCGUUAGUUCAAGGUCCACUGCCAAGCAUACAGAGAGCGAUGCGUGUUUGUCAGAGGAACGUGGCGGUCAGCAGGUUUUCGGGUCUGAUUUGGUUCUGUUUACGGGCUGUAAAGGGUCUGUGGAGAGAAGAAGCCUGCAGGAUAUUUCCACAGCGAGGGUGAUCCUUCAGAGGUCCCUGAGUGACAGUGGGGUGAGGUAUUCCUCCCCAAACAAUGAGGACUUAAGUCAGCUGGCAGGAGGAGACUCCACACUUCAAUGUGAGGAGUCGAUGGGCGUUGAUGCUCUUUUGGGUACCACUCAUAAUGUUAGGAAAGAGUUGGUGGUGCCCAUCUUUCCGGUGCCAGCCAACUAUCAGUCAUGUGACGCCAGCGUUGUGGCCAAACAUCCCGGCGUCACGGUCAACAAGAUGCAGGAGUGGAUGCAGAAAGGUCGCAUGCUGUCAUCAGAGAUGAAGGAGAGGAUUGCGGGUUCCUCGCUGAGAGCCAACAGCGGCCAGACGAGGCCUAAAACCAGCGUCCAUGCCAACGGACCGCAAGUGAUCAAAAACACAGCAUCGGGAGGUCAGCAGGUUUCAGCACCGAUGGACUGCACGGCUGGGACGUCUGGCGUAUCUCACCGUGAUCCCUGCACACGUCAGCCCCACAUCACGGUUUCAAAGAAACGUAACUGGCUGCAGCAGAGCUCGGCUUGGCCCGUUCUGCACCCUGAUGAUUUUACAACACCGCCUGCUGCAGAGGACGACCACGCGCAGACCCAAACGCACCCUUUAUCCGCAUCUCACCCGUUUUUAGAAGCACCGCAGCGGCCCAACGACAAACCCGGUCAGAUCUCCACCCAGCAGCCACGUCGCCCGGAUCCGGCCGAGGAGAGCGACGCAGAUGAUGAAGGGGAGAUUUGGUACAACCCUAUUCCUGAGGAUGAAGAAGCUGACCUUCCACACCGCCUUCCCAAUGUCAGGGUGACCCAAACGGGAGCGGCCGGCAGACGGGCGGCAGACGAGAGCGUCGGCGGCGAGACGGGGUGCAGAGAGACGCCUCAUACGAGUGUUUUGCAUUCCAGUGAAAGCUCUCAGCUGCACAAGCAGAUGUUUGCGUGCAAAACACAGGAGGAGAACCUCACCGUCAGGGCGACAGAUCCAUCAGAGCAGAUCACCGGUGGGCCGUCUCCUUCCUCCAGUCCAAACCCAGCUAAAAGGAGCACCGCUAUAAACUGGUCAUUCCCUGAUAAAAUCAAGUCACCUCGAACUGUCCGAAAACUCUCAAUGAGGAUGAAGAAACUGCCGGAUCUCAGCCGGAAACUUAGUGUUAAAAACCCUGUUAGUAACGAGACCAGGUUGGCCACAACCAGGACAAACGGAGGGGAGCUUGUGCCGUCUCAGCCCCGGUUGUCGCCGGCGGGUGUUGCGACUGCAUUGGCCAACGGUAACGUGAUUUGGCGGUACCAUCUAGACAGCAGCAUUUCUUCACAACAUAACUGCGAUAAGAGGAGAAGCAACAGCGGCGGCGUUCCCAAAUCGGCCAGCAAAGGAGGAUACCUCAGCGACGGAGACUCGCCCGAACUCGUAGCUAAGUCCGGCAAGCACGGCCCCUCCAACAGAAAGAAUAGUAAAUCUCGGGAAAGGGAUCCGAACGGUAACGGUGGAAACCCAAAGCAUCCUGGCACUGAUCUGGACAUUGAUGCCUUCCGUUCGUAUAGUUUCUCAGAGCAACCCAAGUGUCUGUCGUACAUCUCGGGACUGAUGAGUCUGCACUUCUACGGCGCAGAAGACCUGAAGCCUCCGCGAGUCGAUUCCAGAGACGUCUACUGCGCCAUCCAGGUGGACUCCGUCAACAAAGCUCGGACGGCACUGCUGACCUGCCGUACGGCCUUUCUCGACAUGGACCACACCUUUAACAUCCAGUUGGAGAACGCUCAGCACCUCAAACUCGUCGUCUUUAGUUGGGAGUCGACGCCACGGCGGAACCGGGUGUGUUGCCAUGGAACCGUGGUUCUGCCCGCCCUGUUCCGCGUGAGCAAGACGCACCAGCUGGCGGUCCGUCUUGAGCCGCGGGGAAUGAUUUAUGUGAAGUUGAGUCUGAUGGAGCAGAGGAUGAACUUUCUGAAUGGUGCAAACGGUGACCAUGAGCCGCAGGUGUUCGCUGUCGAUGCUCGCCGUGUGGUGGAACGAGAAGCGUCCGGCCUGAUGGUUCCACUGCUUAUUGAGAAAUGCAUCACUGAGAUCGAGAGGAGGGGCUGUCAGGUAGUGGGUCUGUAUCGUCUCUGCGGUUCGGCUGCUGUGAAGAAGGAGCUUCGAGAAGCGUUCGAGAGAGACAGUCACGCUGUCGAUCUGUCUGAAAACAACUAUCCAGAUAUUAAUGUCAUUACAGGUGUGUUGAAGGAUUAUCUUCGUGAGCUUCCUCUUCCUCUAAUUGGUCAACAGUUGUAUGAGUCGGUUCUGGAAUCGAUGGCGAGACGGCCACUGCAGAUGGGACCCAACGGAUGUGAGAAUGACCCGGUGGACUCUGAACACACCGUCAGCUUGCUGGAGAUUCUGCCAGAAGUUGAAAAGAUGACCUUGCGUAAGCUUAUGGACCAUCUGAAGCGUGUGGCCUCGCAUCACGCCGUUAAUAAAAUGACCUGUCAGAACCUCGCCGUGUGUUUCGGCCCGGUUCUCCUCAGUCAGAGACAGGACGCGUCAUGCCACGGGAACCGGGUCUUCAUCGACUCAGAGGAGCUCGCCAGCGCUCUGCACUUCAAAAAACACAUCGAGGUCCUGCACUACCUGCUUCAGCUGUGGCCAGUUGUUGAAACUCCAGGCAAUUCUUCACCUUCUGUCCCCGUGGAGUCGUUUCCAGUGGCUCCUGUGAGAAGAAGAAAGGAACGGCCGCAGGUUUUAAAUCUAACCGAAGCCGAGGUGACGGGAGUUCUGCGAUCUCGAGCCGGCCGCCUGGACAGUCCCAGUAACCGUUACGCCGGCGACUGGAGCCGCUGCGGGGAGCCGUACCUCCGGCCGGACUGCCCGGACGACGACGCCGACUACGAUGACGUUCCCAGCGAAGAUCCUCCGACUGUAGAACAAGAGGACCCACAGAAGGUUCCCGGAGACGUGGUGCUUGAAGACGAGUCGCCCGAGGCGAACGAGGGAACAGAGAGAGAUGAAGAGAUGCUGGAAGACAGUGAAGGAGAAGAUUUGGACUUGGGGGAGCCUCUUCCCAUCAGCCCCUGUGAUCAAAUCCUCACAGGCAUUGAGCACAGACCCAAAGAUCACACGUAUCAGGCGUACAUGAAGAUCCAGGACAUCAGCCCGGUGCUCACCAACAGAGUAAACCUACGGGACCUGCAGGAGAGCAUCGACGCGCUCAUCGGCAACCUCGAGAGAGAACUCAACAAAAACAAGCUUAACAUGGGAUACUGACUUUACCGCAUCGGUUACCGUGGUAAUACAUCAGUGCUGUGGAGUGCAUACACGAGACAUUCCUCAGUUCUGAUUCUGUGUUGAUCUUGUUUCUCUUCUUAUUAGAAGAACAUUAAAGCCUUUAGUUUUAUUAAACUGGUGCUGAUGACAGCGA